AUGUCCCAGGGAGAUUGGGUGCCUGAACCCGGAGAGGAUUCGUUGACUGCGGUGUUAGGAAGGGAGCACCCUGGCCGGACUAGGGCAGUUGGUCACACUGUUUGCCCGAGAAAAGCCAUGCAUGACUCUAACAAGCAAGUUGUGGACAAUGUGAGCCCAGGGGUUACAAAACAGGUGGCAGAGGUAAAGGCAAUGAUGCAUGAGUCUAAUAAGCAAGUUGUAGACAAUGUGAGCCCAGGGUUUCCGAAUAGUAGCUGUGACUCAAUGCCAGCCUUGGUUGCGAUAACGAUAAUUGUGAAUCUGCAUUUGAUCUCACGUGUGAAGAACAAAUGCUCUUUCCUAAACCCGCAUAGGAUUCUUGGGGCAGAUUGCCAAGAAAACCCGGAAGCUGUCAUAAAUUACAUUGUUGAUGAGAUGCGAAUUAAUCAAGGAAAACAAUUUCUUAUCGCUCCAUAUCUUCAAAGUGAGCAUUGGGUCCUCUUUGUCAUUUCCCCUCAUAAUCGCACUGGGUACAUAUUGGAUUCAAUCAGGAGUCCUAUACAAAAGCCUAUGGAUACCUAUUACCUACUCAAGAAACAAGUUGACACGGCUUUUGCAAGGUACAAGAAAGACACAUCAAAUCCAAUUAGCUGGACGCUCGCUGAGUGCAACCAACAACCGGGUGAUUGGGAGUGCAGGUAUUAUGUAAUGAAAUAG